AUGGCGGGUGAACAAGGAGAUCCGAAGAAUCCAAUUGAUGAAAGUGGAAAAGGUGACACCGGCGAUAACAAAGGAAAGGAUAAGGAAGUAGAGCCAUCUAACAAAGAGAAGAAAGAAGGAAAUGAGAGUGAAGUGGAGACAUCCGACGAUGAGAUGUCUUAUGAAGAAUGGAAGGCUUGGAAGAAGAAGAAGAAGGAGCAACGCAAGAAAAAGAAAUCUAGCUCCCGGAUUAUCAUUGACUCAAGUGAUGAUUCCGACACCGACUACAAGAGAAGAGCCUCACGCUCCUCCAAUAAGGGCAGCUCAUCAAAAUCAAAAGGAAAGGGAAGAAUUGAAGCUCACCAUGAUCAAAUAAAGAGAGUCAAGAUUAAUCAAGAUUUGGCCGAACUUCAAGAGCAAGCUGCAAAGAACAAUGGUUUGGCUCUCCAAGCAAAGUCAAAAGGCAAAGACAAGAUCACUCAAUCCUCAAAGAAUGAAGACUCUAGCAAUGAUGAAGAUGAUGAGCUUGAUGAUGAACAAAUGGCAUUCUUUAUCAAGAAUUUUAGAAGAGUUUUGAGAAAAGGCAACUUCUGA